CUCGGAGUCUUCUGCACGGACCCCAUCCCCAAAGGAGUGCGCUUCGGCCCUUUCCGAGGCAAAGUGGUCAACACCAGCGAGAUCAAGACUUACGACGACAACUCGCUGAUGUGGGAGAUAUUUGAAUACGGGCGCCUGAGCCACUUCAUCGAUGGGAAGGGCACCUCUGGCAACUGGAUGUCCCUGGUGAACUGUGCCAGGUUCCCCGAGGAGCAGAACCUGACAGCCAUCCAGUGCCAGGGACAAAUCUUCUACGAGAGUUGCAAGGAAAUCGUGCCGAAGCAGGAGCUGCUGGUGUGGUACGGCGAUUGCUACGUGCAGUUCCUGGGCAUACCCAUCAGCCUGAAGGGCUUGCCGGAGGGGAAGAGACCCCCGCAGCACCCUGAAGAAGCCGGGGAGAGCUUCAAGUGCGAGCGCUGCGGGAAGGUAUUUGCCUACAAGUAUUACCGGGACAAGCACCUCAAGUACACCCGCUGCGUGGACCAGGGGGACCGCAAAUUUCCUUGUCACCUCUGUAACCGGUCCUUCGAGAAAAGAGACCGGCUGAGGAUCCAUAUUCUCCACGUUCACGAGAAGCACAGACCUCACAAGUGCUCAGUGUGUGGGAAGAGCUUUUCUCAGUCCUCCAGCCUGAACAAACACAUGCGGGUUCAUUCUGGCGAGCGACCCUACAAAUGUGUCUACUGCAACAAGGCAUUCACGGCGUCCAGUAUCCUGCGCACGCACAUCCGCCAGCACUCGGGGGAGAAGCCCUUCAAAUGCAAGCACUGCGGCAAAGCCUUCGCCUCGCACGCUGCCCACGACAGCCAC